AUGGACUAUAAUAGGAUGAACUCCUUCUUAGAGUACCCACUCUGUAACCGGGGACCCAGCGCCUACAGCGCCCACAGCGCCCCUACCUCCUUCCCCCCCAGCUCGGCUUCCGCUGUUGACAGCUAUGCAGGCGAGACUCGCUAUGGUGGGGGGCUGCCCAGCUCUGCACUCCAGCAGAACUCAGGCUAUCCAGCCCAACAGCCACCCUCGGCAUUAGGGUUGCCCUUCCCCAGCUCUGCGGCCUCGGGGUACUCCCCGGCUGCCUGCAGUGCCAGCUACGGGUCUUCUCAGUACUACCCUCUGGGCCAGCUGGAAGGAGAUGGAGGCUAUUUUCAUCCUUCAAGUUAUGGGGCCCAGCUAGGGGCCUUGUCUUCCGACGGCUAUGGAACCGCUGGAGUGGGCCUGGGGCCCUACCCUCCACCACAGCCCCAUUACGGGACUGAGCAGACAGGGAGCUUUGCACCGGCCUGUGCUGAUCUCCUCUCCGAGGACAAGGAAUCGGCCUGCGCGUCAGAAACGAGCACCUCUACAGCCCAGACCUUCGACUGGAUGAAGGUUAAGAGGAACCCACCCAAGACAGCGAAGGUGUCCGAGCUGGGCCUGGGCGCUCCAGGUGGCCUCCGCACCAACUUCACCACUCGGCAGCUGACCGAACUGGAGAAGGAGUUCCAUUUCAACAAGUAUCUGAGCCGGGCCCGGAGGGUGGAGAUCGCUGCCACCCUGGAGCUCAACGAGACGCAGGUCAAGAUUUGGUUCCAGAACCGGCGCAUGAAGCAAAAGAAGCGCGAGCGGGAGGGAGGCCGGGUGCCCCCAGCCCCUCCAGGCUGUCUCAAGGAGGCAACUGGAGACACCUCCGACCAGUCCACGUGCACCUCCCCGGAAGCUUCGCCCAGCUCCGUCACCUCCUGAACUAA